AUGUCCUCCUCCCCAGAGGCCAGACCAUUGUCCACGACGGAGGGGUUUAUAUGCGGUGGGAUAGCAGCGUGUAUUGCCGUUACCAUUUCAAACCCAGCUGAGGUGGCAAAGACACGCCUGCAACUCCAAGGAGAACUAGCCAAAACUACGCAAAAAGUCUACAAUAAUGCUUUAGACGCUAUGAGCAAAACGUACAGAAAUGAGGGGAUUCGCGGAAUACAACGUGGCCUUGGUCCCGCAUACGUCUACCAAAUUCUGCUGAACGGCUCUCGCCUUGGGUUUUAUGAACCCUUCCGUCGAAAUAUAAACCGUUUCGUCGGUAGACGGCCUGAGGAGCAACUUCCACUGACUGCGAUCAUUGCCGGCGCAUCUAGUGGCGCUGUUGGAGCUUCCUUGGGCAAUCCUCUCUUCCUCAUCAAGGCAAGAAUGCAGGCUUAUUCGCCAUCUCUGCCAGUUGGGACACAACAUCACUACAGAAGCUCGUUCCAUGCACUUUCCACCAUAUUCCGAGCAGAGGGUCCACGCGGUCUUAUUCGGGGAAUGGAUGCGGCGAUUUUGAGAACAUCAAUGGGUUCAUCUGUGCAAUUGCCCAGCUACAACCUAACCAAGAAUUUCCUGGUGAGCCGCGACAUCUUGCCGGCAAAUAGCGCAUGGACAUUCCUGGCCAGUAGUUCAGUCUCCGGAAUCUGUGUUUGCAUCGUCAUGCAACCAGCUGAUACGGCACUGACUCGAAUGUACAACCAACCCACAGUGCUGGGUCCAAAUGGGAAAAUGGUGGGGACGCUCUACAAGAACCCGAUAGAUUGUCUAUGGAAGACAUUCAAAGCAGAAGGAGUCCGGGGAUGGUACAAGGGAUCGACGGCGCACUUCAUGAGGAUAGCCCCGCAUACGAUAAUAACGCUUACAGCUAAUGACCUUAUCAUUAAUCUCUAUAAGAGAAUGCGCAACUAA